ACCUUUACCUUUUUACUGAACGGGAUUCAGAAAAGUACAACCUGUUUCUAUGGUUCUGAAACGGAGAAAAUCCACCUUCGGCAGGGACAUGCCAUUCCUGAAUAUGCUGGGAGUUCUCCUGCUGCUCCUUAUCCCCCCACUAUCUGAAAGUCUUAAAGUCAAUCGAUGUGUGGCAUCUGGGGCACAAACUUGCACCGCAUGUAUCCAAGUGGACAAAGAUUGUUCCUACUGCAUAGAUGAGGGUUUCCGUUAUGGACGAUGUGAUCUAUAUGAUAAUCUCGUGGAAUAUGGCUGUAGUGCAAGGGGGAUUGUGUAUAUGAAGAGUGAAGUUUUAACCAAGCAGAGUAUCCGUAUAAAUACCAGCUUGAAGAAGACACAAGUCUCUCCCCAGCUGAUGUCCAUGCGUCUACGUGCGGGGGAAGAGGCUUCAUUUGACUUGCAUGUGUUUGAGCCACUGGACACCCCUGUGGAUCUGUAUAUCUUAAUGGACUUCUCCUACUCCAUGUCCGAUGAUUUGGACAAUCUUAAGAAAAUGGGACAAGAACUAUCUAAUGUGCUCAGCACCCUCUCAAGUAACUACACCAUUGGCUUUGGAAAGUUUGUGGACAAAGUAUCCGUCCCUCAGACAGACAUGAGACCAGAAAAACUCAAGCAGCCGUGGCCCAACAGUACCCCCCCUUUCUCCUUCAAGAAUGUCAUCCGUCUGACAGAAGAUAUUGAUCACUUCCGCCGGGAACUGAUGAAGGAGAAAAUCUCUGGAAAUUUGGAUGCUCCUGAAGGCGGAUUUGAUGCCAUUCUACAGACAGCAGUGUGCACGAAUCAAAUUGGUUGGAGAAAGGGUAGCACCCAUCUCUUGGUCUUCUCCACUGAAUCUGCUUUCCACUACGAAGCCGAUGGCAUGAAUGUCCUGGAUGGGAUAAUGCCAAGAAAUGACGAGCAUUGUCAUUUGGACACAUCGGGACUCUACACCCAUGACACCAUACAGGAUUAUCCCUCUGUCCCCACCCUUGUUAGAGUGCUUGCCCAAAACAACAUCAUUCCAAUCUUCGCAGUGACCCCAUACUCUUACAGCUACUAUGAUAAACUUAGCAAGUAUUUCAAAGUUUCUGAAAUUGGUGAGCUGCAAGAAGAUUCUUCCAACAUCGUAGAACUUCUCAGAGAGGCCUUCAAGCAAAUCCGUUCUAGGAUGGAUAUCCGAGAUGACUACACCCCUCGUUCCAUGAAUAUCACAGUCUCAUCAAGUAAAGCCCAACUUACAGAGACAGGAUCCUUCCAGGUCACCCGUGGAGAAGAGGGUAUUUUCCAGGUAAAAGUAAAAGCUCUAGAACAGGUCGGUGGGCAGCAUGUGUGCAAACUUCCUCCACAGGACCAGAAAGGCAACGUUCUUCUAAAACCAUCGUCCUUUACAGAUGGACUUCAAAUCGAUGCUUCAGUAAUAUGUGAUGUUUGCCCCUGUGAGCUGCAAAAAGAACUGGACUCUCCUAAGUGCAGUUUCAACGGGCACUUUGUGUGCGGACGCUGUGAGUGUAAAGAUCGCUGGCGAGGGGAAACCUGCAACUGUUCGAUUGACGACAACAUAGACAGCAAGUCAUGUAUAGCCCCUGGAAGCCAGGAUAUCUGCUCUGGACAUGGAGAGUGUGUCUGUGGUGUUUGCCAGUGUAUUUCAGAGUCCCAGCACCAGCGGUAUGAGGGGGAGUUCUGCCAGUUCAACAACUUCCAGUGCCCACGGACAGGGGGCUUCAUGUGCAACGACAGGGGGCGCUGUUUUAUGGGUGGAUGCGUAUGCGCGGCUGGCUGGGAAGGUCCUGGGUGUGAGUGUCCAAUCAGCAAUCAGACAUGUCUGGAUACAAACGGGGGUCUGUGUAAUAACCGUGGGAAGUGCGUGUGUGGGCGCUGCCAGUGUGACGAGGUGUCACAGUAUACUGAUGCCACAUGUGAAUUUGCAAACUCCCUGCUUUUGCUUGGUGUGUGUGAAGACAUUAGAACAUGCGUGCAGUGCCAGGCGUGGAGCACUGGAGAGAAAAAAGGCAAAAAAUGUGAGGGGUGUAUCUUCAAGAUAAAGAUGGUGGAUGAACUCAAGAAAGUGAAUGAAGCUACAGAGAAAUGUACAUUCAGGGACGAAGAAGAUGAUUGCACCUAUCACUACUCUGUGGAUCAACAAAGUGCUACCCCUUCUAACUACACAGUGCUGGUGCAGAACAAGAAAGAGUGUCCACCCGGUGCCUUCCUCUGGCUCAUUCCUCUGCUCAUCUUCCUCAUGUUACUUCUUGGACUGCUUCUGCUGCUCUGCUGGAAAUACUGUGCCUGCUGUAAGGCAUGUCUGGCUCUCCUGCCUUGCUGUGGAAAAGGGCGGUCAGUAGGAUUUAAGGAAGACCAUUACAUGCUGCGACAGAGCUUGAUGUCAUCUGAUUAUCUAAACACACCACUUGUACGCUCUGGGAACCUGAAAGGCGGGGAUACCGUGAAAUGGAAAAUCACCAACAAUGUGCAUCGUCCACUCCCCGCUCCAGGAGACCUGAAUCCCAAGGAGCUGGUUCCAUAUGGUGUCUCUUUACGAUUGGCAAGGCUCUUCACAGACAACCUGUCCAAGCCUCAGACUCGUGAGUGUGAUCAGCUACGUCGAGAGGUGGAGGAAACGUUGAAUGAAGUAUACAAGACUAUACCUGGGACCCACAAAGUGAAGCAGACCACAUUCCGGCUGCAGUCUAACGCUGGGAAAAGGCAAGAUCACACUAUUACAGAUACAGUCCUUAUGGCUCCACGAGAGGCUGAGCCUGAGAUUGUAAAAGUGACAGAGAAACAUGUAGCACAAGAAACUUUUCAGGAUCUGAAGGUGGCUCCAGGAUACUACACCGUGACAUCAGACAGAGAUGCUCAUGGUCUGGUGGAAUUCCAGGAGGGUGUCGAGCUGGUGGACGUGCGAGUUCCUCUGUUUAUCAGAGAGGAAGAUGAUGAUGAAAAACAACUACUAGUUGAAGCUUUGGAGGUGCCCCAAGGAACUGCUCGUUUAGGGAGGAAAAAUGUCAAUAUUACAAUCAUCAAAGAACAAGCAAAAAGUAUUGUCACCUUUGAUAAGCCUGCGUACACUUACAGUCGUCACGAUCAAAUGGCUCGUGUUCCUGUGUCGCGUGAAAUCCUUCAUAAUGGCAAGACUCAAGUUACCUACCGCACACAGGACCUAACAGCUCGUGAGAGCAAGGAUUAUGCAUUUUCUGAGGGAGAACUCACCUUCCAACCAGGUGACACUCAUUCUGAAAUUCUGGUUCCGUUGCUCGGGCGUUCUGAGGUGGACACUCUGCUAGGAAACAGGCAGGUCAAGCAAUUCCUUCUGGAACUUAGUAACCCAAAAUAUGGGGCUAAGAUUGGUAAAUACCCACAAUGCACCAUCACCAUCGAUGACACUACCGAGUUACCAAAGGUAACACAGGUCACUUCUCUCCAGUCACCCCGAGGAAAGAUAGGAGCUCCCAUAAAUCUAAAAGCACAGGCUAUCACCGCGAGAAAAAUACGUGCCAACUGGGCUCCUCCACCAGGCAAAAUAUCAGGGUACAAGGUGCGGUACUGGAUUCAAGGAGACUCAGAAUCAGAUGCCACAGUCAUUGACACUAAAGUACCGUCCGUAGACCUGGAUAACCUGUAUCCAUACUGUGACUAUGAGAUGCGUGUUUGUGGAUACAAUACACUGGAGGAGGGUCCCUACACAGAUAUAGUCACAUGUCAAACUCUAGAGGAUGUGCCAAGUGAGCCAGGUCGUCUAGCCUUUAACGUCAUUUCAAGUACCGUAACACAACUGAGUUGGGCAGAGCCUGCCGAGACCAAUGGUGAUAUUACAGCGUAUGAAGUAACUUACGGCUUAGUCAACGAAGACAAUACUCCCACUGGACCUGUGAAGAAGGUCCAAAUCAACAGCCCAAAGAAGCGCAUGGUUCUUAUUGAAAAUCUGCGAGAAUUCCAGCCUUAUCGUUACACCGUAAGGGCAUGCAACAAGGCAGGAUGGGGCCCGGUGAGGGAUGCAACCAUGAACCUAGCCACCCAACCUGCUCGUCCCAUGUCUAUUCCCAUUAUUCCAGAUGUCCCUAUUAUUGAUGCGGAAGCUGGAGAGGAAUAUGACAGUUACCUGAUGUACAGUUCCGAUGUUUUACGCUCCCCGGUGGGCAGCAAGAGACCAAGUGUCUCCGACGAGUCAGGCCAGCGCUGGAAGUACGUUCCUCUCCUGGGCUCAGAAUUGGACCUGCGUCGAAUCACCUGGAAAGGUCCUGCAGAGAUCAUACCUCGUCUGUCCAGUUGCAGUGGUCUGUCCACGGAUACGGAAAGCACACAGGACCAGCAUGAUAGCGCCAGUUCCGUGAUGAGGAAAGGAACCAUUCGUGCAACACCAGAAGAACAACUCUUGAAUGGACGAAUGGACUUUACCUUCCCUGGGUCGGUAGGAAGCCUGAACCGGUCCGAGACCUCUGGCUACCACCAACUCGGUAAUGUUACGAACCAGGAGGCGUACAGGUUUGGCAGUACCAGUUCCCAGUAUACAACCCUCUCAUCGGCACAAGAGCGGGUUGGUGGGUCCCGGCCACGCAUGCAGGUAAACCCUAGGAGAAAUCUUGCGUGCCCACUGGUGAAGGGUUUCCAACUCAACUAUACUGCCCGGGACUCAAUUAUCAUGCCUGACAUUCCUAGAGCGACACACCCGGUGAUAGGUGCAUCUGGACAGAGCAGACUAGGACUACCCCCACUCGUGCUUGGAGCUGGAAGGGGGCGCACUCACUCAGAAGACGUGAGGGAUGCCCUCAGUAGUCUUGAUGUUGCCAUACAAGGUUCGCGCCUUUCUCCCGGCAUUCCUGAUACGCCAACUCGAUUGGUAUUCUCAGCCCUGGGACCAACAUCUCUUAAAGUCAGCUGGCAAGAGCCACAGUGUGAAAGAGCAGUGCUCGGGUACAAGGUGCAGUACCAGAUGCUUCAUGGAGGUGAGACUCGGACCAUUGACAUCCCAAAUCCUCAUGAGAACUCUGUGGUGGUGGAAGACUUGCUCCCCAAUCACUCAUACAUGUUCCGAGUGAAGGCGCAUAGUGAGGAGGGCUGGGGACCUGAACGUGAAGGAGUUAUCACAAUUGAGUCACAAGUGGACCCCCAGAGUCCCCUCAGUCCCGUCCCAGGCUCUCCUUUCACCCUAAGUACACCCAGCGCUCCUGGACCCCUUGUCUUUACCGCUCUCACCCCGGAUUCCUUGCAACUGAGCUGGGUACGACCCAGAAAACCCAAUGGGGCUAUUCUGGGAUACAUGGUGACAUGUGAAAUGCUACACGGUGGGGGUGAACCUCGAAACAUUUACGUUGAAGGUGAUCAAAACGAGACCUCCUUAACAGUUCCUUUCCUGAAGGAGAAUCUUCCCUACAAGUUCAAGGUGCAGGCAAAAACCACACAGGGAUUUGGACCUGAGAGAGAGGGGAUAAUUACUAUUGAAUCCCAGGAUGGAGGAAGCUUCACUCAGUUUGGUGGGCAGCAGAUGACACGACGUGAGAUAUUUAACCUCCCUACGGAAUACAGUCAGAGCACAGUCACCCACUCCACAGAGCCCUACUUUUCAGAUGGCUCACUGGUUAGCACUCGCCGUAUGGAAAGCUCGGGAACUGUAACACAGCAGGUCACCAAAGAGUAUGUCACACGGACCAUGAUGUCAGAAGGUUCUCUCAGCCGGCAGGUGAACCGCCAAUUCUAUGAGGCUUAAAACUACCUGCAAGCUUGUGCACCAUAAUCACCUAUCACAUGUGGACAAUGGGUCAUCACCCUGCUCAUCACUUAUGGGUGACAUUUUGUCACCGCUGCCUUUAACCCUUUUACUGCUGCAAGAGUAUGUUAUGUGCUUACGCUCAUUCAACCCCCAGUUCGUACGCCGAAUGUUUUUUUUCGUAAUUAGAAUUCUAGAAGAGGAAAACACUUCAGGGUGGCAGAACCAGUAUCAAAAUGUCUUUACCGGGAUUCUUUGAUGGAGUGAUUAUUGAGAUUACUACACCGGUCACAAUAACCCCCGCACUUUACAGCUUUUCGAUUGCUGCCCUUUAAGGGACGCUAUGUACCGAGUUUUACUUAAAUAUUUUUUACUGUGUAAAUAUUAACUUGCCAUUUUAAACAUUAAGGUGCAGGAAAAAAAAAGAACUACUAUGUACAUUUUAUUAAAAAAAUAUUGUAGAAUCUGGGAUGACUUUUCCAAAAGGAGUAUAAAAAAAGUUAUACAGACCAAAUGAAAUAAUUUUAACGAGUGUCAGGAUGUCCUGAAGAGAAACUGCUUUAAAGGUGCUUUGAUUUUUAUCUUUUUGUUUUGUUACAAGGGAUAUUGGUACUGGGGGCUUUUGAGGUCAGGGCUGGAGUUUAAUCCCAUAUGCCUUAAGGAGCAAGACUACAGGAUCCCCCCAGAUCCCAAAACAAACAAACACAAGUGGAUAGAGAAGGAGUAUAAAUGGGAUUGGUGGAGCCAUAAGCCUUACUCCAGUUUCCAGAUACUUCUUCCUGUUCCCAGAAAAAUGCCCAUUGUCUCUUAGUGCAACUCUGAUUUUGAACCUUACAUAUUUUGCUAAAUGUAAUCUUAAUAGUUACAUUGAAUACAUUAUAAUGUUUAUUAUUAUUGCCAUUUAUAUAGCGCCAAAAGAUUCUGUAGCGCUUUACAAUAUUAAUAAUGAUGUUCCUUUACCAAACAAAGUGUAGGUAGGUAGGCAGGACAGCCACAUUUAUCACCAUUUGAUCAAUGACCAAAAUAUAGGUGGGACUAUUUAUGUAAAAUAGCAAUUGAGGGACAGUGGUGGAAUCCUGAAGCAAUCGUGUGGAACCAAUGAAAUGCCUCUAGUCAUUGCCUUGACUUUUAAUACAUUGUCAUGGCAUUUUCUUUUUCUAAAUAGGUUUCCUUGUGUUUUGCAUAAAAAGAGAAAAGGCCUUACAUUUACAAUUAUUUAUAUAGCGCCAACAAAUUCCGCAGCCCUACAACUCUCACAAAGAGUUGACCAUAGAUGGUCUUAGAGGUUUCAAACCUAUAGCAUCAGGCUGAACAUGUAAGUAAAAAAAAAAAUGUGUUUAGAAUAAACCCAAAGAAUAUUAAUAAUGUGGUGAGGAUUUUGAAUGUAAAAAUGAACUAAAGAACUAAAUAGUAUUUUCUUUUUUUUCUAUUGUGGUGAGGAAAUAGUGGGACAUUUUCUUCCCUUUGACACAGAAAUGAAACAAUAAGAAUGUUUGCCAAUCAGUAUCACAUACUGCGGUCACAUCUAGAUGUGUAGAGAAAAGACAUGUUUAUUUUAUAUUAGGAUGGCAUGACAUCAUACUCCAGAUCACGUUUACAAUGGCAGCACCCCAGCUCCUGAUGAUGGUUUGGUCAUGUAGAAUGUUGGCGAACCUCUGUAUUUCUCCUGUGGGCAGAGACAAUGGAGGGUUACUAAAUACCAUAGAACAAGGGAGGGUCACAUGUAUUUUGAAACAAUUCUUUAAGUGUCAUUGCUUUCUGGUUAGUUUACAGAUUGCCAUUUUUUU